AGUGGUUCUUUGUACGGGGUCGCUCUUUGCUUUUUAUUUUAUUUCAUUUCAAAAUUACUAUAUUUGUUUGUUGGGUUUGGGGCUCUGUCUGUCUCUCUUUGGUUUCCUUUCACUUUCAAGUUCAUCAUCUGGGUGUUUAUUCUCUUGAUAUUUCUUCUUCAUUUUCACUUUCGGACGUGGUGAUUUCUAAAUUUGUUUUCUUUUUCUUUCUUUCGGUAGUGGUGUAAUUUUUGGCGGUUAGGGAUGGAGGAGAGGUAUGAGACGAUUAAGGAGAUUGGUUCAGGGAAUUUUGGAGUAGCAAGGCUAGUCAGGGAUAAAAAGACAAUGGAGCUUGUUGCUGUUAAAUACAUUGAAAGAGGAAAGAAGAUUGAUGAGAAUGUUCAGAGAGAGAUCAUCAAUCACAGGUCUUUAAGGCAUCCAAAUAUUGUCAGGUUCAAAGAGGUCUUGUUGACUCCAACACAUCUUGCAAUUGUCAUGGAAUAUGCAGCAGGUGGUGAACUUUUCGCAAGGAUAUGCAGUGCUGGUCGAUUUAGCGAAGAUGAGACAAGAUUUUUCUUCCAGCAGCUGAUAUCUGGUGUCAGUUACUGUCAUUCCAUGGAAAUUUGUCACAGAGAUCUGAAACUUGAAAACACACUUUUGGAUGGAAGCCCCGCACCACGCCUUAAAAUAUGUGACUUUGGUUACUCCAAGUCUGCUCUACUGCACUCACAACCGAAAUCAACAGUUGGAACACCAGCAUAUAUUGCCCCAGAAGUCCUGUCACGCAAGGAAUACGAUGGCAAGAUUUCAGAUGUUUGGUCAUGUGGUGUAACACUAUAUGUGAUGUUGGUUGGAGCAUACCCCUUCGAGGAUCCUGAAGAUCCUAGAAAUUUCCGCAAGACCAUUGGUAGAAUAAUGAGUGUUCAGUACUCCAUACCAGACUAUGUACGUGUAUCUGCAGAUUGCAAGCAUCUCCUUUCUCGUAUUUUUGUUGCCAAUCCCGCAAAGAGGAUUACCAUUCCAGAGAUUAAGCAGCACCCUUGGUUUCUUAAGAAUUUGUCUAAAGAGCUCGUUGAAAUUGAGAAAACAAACUUCACAAAAUCAGAACGUGACCAACCUGCCCAAAGUGUCGAGGAGAUUAUGAGUAUCAUACAAGAGGCGAAGGCGCCUGGUGAAGGUGGCAAAGUUGCUGAGCAUGCUUUUGCAGGAACCUCUGAUGACUUGGAUGUUGAUCUGGAUUCUGAGGUUGAUGUCAGUGGCGACAUCAUGCCCUCUUUCUAGUCAUCACCCACAAAUUGCAUACAGAGAAUGUGCGUAUCCAGAUUCUAGUGAUUUUGGUGGCAUGAAUUUCCAUAUGCAUGCCAUGUUAUCUACACUGUAAAUUAUCCUGAACCAGUGUCACCUGGGCAGUGCUAAAACAUGUGGAAUGCGUUUUGAGGUGAAGCGCGUACUGUUUGAAGCAUGCACCGCCUGUAGAUUUCCCAGUUAAGGGAUUUGAAGAAGUUGCCUUCAAGCACAUAUCAUGCAUAUAUUUAUUCUUAUAAUGUUUAUCCUGCUCGAAACAAAUGAAGAUGAUGAUCUACGACUAUAUGGUUUUAUAAACCAUGCUCUGGUUCCGGAAA